AUGCUUAAUCUCACCAAGCAAAGAAAAACAAUCACAAAGUAACAGCACGCAAACCAAAUCAAACCACAAUGUCGUACUACUACGAGAACGAGGUUAUUCGUGAAAACUCAUGCAAUAACCCAUGCAACAACUCAUACUCUGAAUACAGUAGAGUUGAGGCUGAAUAUGCUGGUCGGUCUGGCUACCCUAUUGGCCACCACCGCCACCAUAACAACAUAGUUAGUGAUGUUGUGGUGAACGAUGUUAUUUGUGAGGCUAAUGUCAUACCUAGCUAUGGCUACAACCAUCACCACCGCCAUGGCCAUGGCGGUGCUGAGAUUAUUGAAAGGAAGGAAGAGAGGAUUGUUUAUGAGAAUGAUUAUGAUCCUUGCAGGCCUAGGAUCUGCUAAGUAAGUGGUGUCCCAUAUAAAGCUCUUGCCAGCAAAAUAUAUAUAUAUAUAUAUAUAUAAAAUAAAUUGAUCCUAAGCCAUUAGAGAUGGUGUUUAUUUGUUACUAAAAAAUGACAGGAUGCUUGCUCUAUUAUUACAAUGCAUGUACUAAGGAUAUAAGUAAUGUAAUACUACAACUCUAUUAUUCCAAUAAAUAUAUCCAUUUUAUGGUGUGUGUUCUUUCUACAAGAGAA